AUGCGGAAGAGAGGACAAUCAGACGGAGGCAGCCGUGUGGGCUUUGUGCUAGUGAUGAGGAGCACCAACCAGCAGCGUCCCCAAAGGGGCUCCCAGCCGCCCCGCAGCAAGCCUCGGCAGCCCUUGAAACGACAGCCGAGCUCAGGCUUCGAAUGCAGGGCGCUGGGGGCUCUGGGCAAUAGUUACCUGGCUGAAGUAUCUGAGCGAUCUCUGGAGUCGCCCUUCAGAAAACACAGCCUGCGGAUUCCAGCUCUGUGUCAGCUACACCUGUGUCUCUGCCCCACCGACUCUAAGCGCAGCCAGACCCCGGGGGACACGUGUGUUUGCCCCCAGGACUGCCUGAGCAAGCGCCAGGUGCUGAGCACCAUUCAGCAGAUGCAGAAGCUGCUGUCCACGCAGGAGGCCAUCCAGCUGCAGGGGAUGCGCAGCCUCAAGAAGCAGCUCACGGUCCUGCAAAGCAACAUCCACAAGCAGGCCACGAAGCGCAACGACAGCUGUCCCCACCUGACGGCACCCCUCAAUGGCAGGAAGCUGGGCGAGAAGGCCACGGUGGGGCAUGAGGUGCACUUCCUGUGUGAGGCCGGCUUCCGGCUGGUGGGCUCCGAGUCCCGCACCUGCCUGCAGGACCGGACGUGGAGCGGCCAGCAGCCCUUCUGCCAGACUACCAGCAACUGCGCCAGCAGCCCUUGUGCCAAUGGCGGGACCUGUGUGGAGGACGUGCGGCGGUUCACCUGCUUGUGCCCCAGCAGCUGGUCAGGCAGUAACUGCCAGACCCCCAUCUACUCCUCCUGGGUGACGCUGAGCCCCUCGUCCUUCAGUCGCCAGCCCCGCUGCACAGACGCCCGCCUGCGCUCGCCCCACUGCACCUGUGACACCGGCUUCCAGCUGCGGGCCGGCGGCGUGUGCCAAGAUGUUGACGAGUGCCAGCUCUUCCAGGCCAGCUGGCAGACCCGCCUCUGCGUGCACGAUUGUGUCAACCUGCCCGGCUCCUACCACUGUGUCUGCCCCCAGGGCUACCUGCUCCAUGCCGACCAGAACACGUGCACCGAUGUGGACGAAUGCACCGACAAUCAGCACAACUGCAGCCAUGGCGAGCUCUGCGUCAAUGUCUUUGGGGGCUACUGGUGCGUGCGCCCCAAGUGCCCCCAGCCCAGGCUCAACACCAGCUACGUCAAGACCUCCGUCUAUCAGUGUGAGCGCAACCCAUGCCCCAUGAACAGCAGAGCCUGCCAGUUGGCCGCCAACUCCAUCUCCUUCCACUACCUGCCGCUCCAAUCCAACCGCACCGUGCCCAGGGUGCUCUUCAAGAUGUCCACCACCCACCUGGUGGGCGACAGCCUGCGCUUCGCCAUUGUGGGUGGCAGGGGCCAGGGCGUCUUCGCCGUGCAGCGCUCCGACCGGCACACUGGCGAGCUGAUCCUCACCAGCCCGGUGGUGGGGCCGGCCACCUUGGAGGUGGAGCUGGAAAUGAGCAAACUCGCCCGGAAGGUUCUUCUUGGGAAGCACAUCUUCAGGGUCACGGCCUUCAUCUCCCAGUACGAGUUCUGAGCCCCCCCGAGCUGCCGGCCUCACGCAUUCCAGCAGAGAUGCCCGCCUCAGAGCUGAGAUGGGGCUUCCAGGGCAUCCAGCCAAGCUAGCCGUCUGGGGCACCCCUGCUGGCUUCUAGCAAACGUCCGGGGGAGCUGCCUCUUUGGAGACCCCCGUUCUUCACCUGGCAAAGACCUCACCCCUUGUGUCCUGCCCGUAUAGCAUGUCACGGCCUCACUGGGGCUGGCUGUGGGUGGCAGAGAAAUCGCAAUGGCCAGUGCCUAGGAGCGCAGGGCCGAGGGUGGCUCCCUGAGUAGCUUAGCUGCUCCCCAGCCUGCGGUGGCACUGGCCAGCUGACAUGCACACAGCCAGCGUGGGCACGAGCCCCCAGGGUGUCCCGUGUCAGCCGCCAGCUGCGCGUCCCGGCCGCCCCUCCAGCUUGCAUUCCCCUGCUCUCGUAUGUGCCCCGGGCUUAGACGCCGCAUCUGCCUAGGGCAGCAACAGCACAGUGAGCCCACCCAGGGCAGACGAGCAGGACCUGCCAACUGGGGAUUUGACUUCUCGUACGUAGUAACAUAAAAUAAACCGGUAACGU